CGCUAUUAUUGUUAUUAUUUAAUGCAAACAUGAAUUAACACACAAAAGACAGAGUCAAUUGUGGGGGGAGGGAUCAUGUAUAUAAAGGAUUCACGUUCAUGUUGUAAAUAGAAAGAAAGAGCUCAACCUAGUUUCAAUAUUCUCACUACUUCUUAUUCCUAUUGAAGUUUAACAAAGAUGGUCACUUCUUGGCCAUUGGCACUAUUAUGUGCCUUGGCAAUAUCUUUCAUGGCCACUCAAGUAGUGGCUGACUAUGAUUAUUCGUCACCGCCACCAUAUGUUUAUUCAUCCCCGCCACCACCGCCUUAUCUGUACAAAUCACCGCCACCACCACCAUAUGUAUACAAGUCUCCACCUCCACCACCCUAUGUCUAUUCAUCGCCGCCGCCGCCACCCUAUGUAUACAAGUCUCCACCACCACCACCUUACGUCUACUCGUCACCGCCACCACCUCCAUAUGUUUACAAAUCUCCUCCUCCACCACCCUAUGUAUACAAGUCUCCUCCACCACCACCAUAUGUCUACUCUUCACCGCCACCACCUCCAUAUGUAUACAAGUCUCCGCCUCCACCACCCUAUGUCUACUCUUCACCACCACCACCUCCAUAUGUAUACAAGUCUCCGCCCCCACCACCCUAUGUUUACUCUUCACCACCACCACCUCCAUAUGUAUACAAGUCCCCACCCCCACCACCUUAUGUUUACUCUUCUCCACCACCACCACCCUAUGUAUACAAGUCUCCACCACCACCACCCUAUGUAUACAAAUCUCCACCUCCACCACCUUAUGUAUACUCAUCCCCACCACCACCACCAUACGUAUAUAAGUCGCCACCACCACCACCCUAUGUAUACAAGUCUCCACCACCACCACCCUAUGUAUACAAAUCUCCACCACCACCACCCUAUGUAUACAAAUCUCCACCUCCACCACCUUAUGUAUACUCAUCCCCACCACCACCACCAUACGUAUAUAAGUCGCCACCACCACCACCCUAUGUAUACAAGUCUCCACCACCACCACCCUAUGUAUACAAAUCUCCACCACCACCACCCUAUGUAUACAAAUCUCCACCUCCACCACCUUAUGUCUACUCAUCCCCACCACCACCACCCUAUGUAUACAAGUCUCCACCACCACCACCCUAUGUAUACAAAUCUCCACCACCACCACCCUAUGUAUACAAAUCUCCACCUCCACCACCUUAUGUCUAUUCAUCCCCACCACCACCACCAUAUGUAUAUAAGUCGCCACCACCACCACCCUAUGUAUACAAGUCUCCACCACCACCACCUUAUGUAUACAAAUCUCCACCUCCACCACCCUAUGUCUACUCGUCUCCACCACCACCACCCUAUGUAUACAAAUCUCCACCCCCACCACCUUAUGUAUACAAAUCACCACCCCCACCACCUUAUGUAUACAAAUCUCCACCUCCACCACCCUAUGUCUACUCGUCUCCACCACCACCACCCUAUGUAUACAAAUCUCCACCCCCACCACCUUAUGUAUACAAAUCACCACCCCCACCACCUUAUGUAUACAAAUCUCCACCUCCACCACCCUAUGUCUACUCGUCUCCACCACCACCACCCUAUGUAUACAAAUCUCCACCCCCACCACCUUAUGUAUACAAAUCACCACCCCCACCACCUUAUGUAUACAAAUCUCCACCUCCACCACCGUAUGUUUACUCAUCUCCACCACCACCAUAUGUAUACAAGUCUCCACCUCCACCACCCUAUGUCUACUCUUCACCACCACCACCUCCAUAUGUAUACAAAUCUCCACCACCCCCACCAUAUGUAUACAAGUCUCCUCCACCACCUCCAAUCUAUUAUAAGUGAUAUUCCAUUGAUCCUUCCUUGGUAUAAGACACGAUUAAG